CAAAAGGCAGAAUGAUCAAAGACCACGGCAUCGAGAAAGUCGACCGAGUGUGGUUGGUAAACGAUUUCUUUCUAAUUUUAAGCUGUAGGCAGGCUUGGUGAGGCACGGUUCGUGACAGUUCUUUGUUUGUACAAGAAAAUUGAAAAUGAAGACGAACAAGAGACGAAAGAAACCAAAGAAACCAGUAACAGCUAUGAACUUAGCCAGCCAAAAUAACGAGAGCUCAAAGUUCAUGAAAAGGAAAAUCAUAUCAAGGCUGCACACUAUCAUGAAGGACAUUGACAAGGUCAAACAAGAUACAACCAGCUCUUCAGAUGAUAAGAAGAUGAAGGUUAAGCAGUUAGAACUCAAGAUAGAAGAGCUAGGGGGAUUACAAGCCUACCAACAGAGUUCUCUCCUUGGUGAACAUCUCCAUGGCAACGUAAACACAUCAAAAUGGGUGCUGCAAAAACUCAAGGAAGCUAAUAUCCGGUCACCAAAGGGAUCAAAGUUAUGUCUUCUGGAUGUUGGGGCCCUGCAGGAGAAUUACUCCAAACAAACAAAAUGGUUGGAUGCAGUGGCCAUUGAUCUAAAUCCACAGUGCGAAGGCAUCAUCAAAUCAGAUUUCUUUGACUUCAAGGUUGGAGAGUCUGAUGUCUAUGACAUCAUAGUACUGAGUUUGGUCCUAAACUUUGUAAGCUCUCCUUCUCAGAGGGGUGAGAUGUUGAAGAGAUGCCAGACACUCUGCAGACAGGAAGGACAUAUCUUUAUUGUUCUUCCUCGUGCAUGCCUGGAUAACUCACGCUACUUGGAUCACGCCCUCUUUGAACAGAUGAUGGAAAGUUUGAACUUUGACCUGGUGGCUAAGCAUGAUAGCAAAAAGCUUAGUUUCUUGAUGUUCAGAAAGGCCGAGAAGAGGAAAGAAGUGAAGACCAGUUUCCACAAGAGAGAAGUCAGGAAUGGGACACGGUGCAACAACUUUUGUAUCAUUAUGAGAUGAGGGAUUUGACAGUUAGGAAGGGAAGAUUCAGGUCAAGAGCAAGAAGUCAGGAUGAGGAAAGGAGAGAACGGCAAAGGGAAGUCCAAAACAGCAAAAGGUUAAACAACUAAACCCUACCGUGAUGAGAUGAGUUUUUGGCCUUUGAUAUGAAGACUAGUUUUCAAUGAGAAAAGUCAGGAAUGGGUAAUGAUGCAACAACUUUUGUGGAGUUUUUCAGGAGUCUGCCUUCGACACCUUAAUGAGAAAACCGUCUUCAUGAUUGUGACUAUUCCAUAUCAUUAAUGCGACCAGGGUUUUCCCCAAGUCGUGUUUUGCAUCGGGGGAGCAUUCAUGAAAGGACUUGUCGGAUAUUUCAUCCAACAAAUCCUGCUUUACCCGACAGUUACCAUAAUAACUGCCUCUCAGCCAAUCAAAAUCUAGGAAAGAUGUUGGAUCUGACAACUUGUCGAACAAAUAUGAAACAUCCCCCUGGUCUUGCGGAGGGUCACAUGAAGCUACUAUGAAAAGAAGUAAAUUAUCAAAUUUUCCACCAUCUAUUUCAUAAAUUGUGAUAAAUUUGUAUGUGUGUUUAUUAGUUUCUUAGUUUUCAUGGUGAAUGAAGAGGAUUAGAAUACAGACUAAAGAUUGUCUUUGGCUGAGGACAUCGACAUGCAGAAACAUUAUCGUAUUUGGGAAUGUGUGAUUGCCACUUGUGUGUAGACACAUUUGACAUA